AUGUCCGACUACACUCGUUUACAAUCUCCUAUUGACCCUGCACACUAUGGCAGUGCUGGCUUCUUUUCCUCUGUAAUUAAUCUAGCCAACACUAUAUUGGGAGCCGGAAUUCUGUCUAUGUCUCAUGCUUUUACAAAGACAAGUUUGUUUUUUGGUUGUCUCACUAUUUUCUUCAGCGCGUUUGCUUCAUUCUUAGGUUUAUACUUUGUGUCAUUGUGCGCAGACCGCCUUCCUCGUGGAAAGGCUUCGUUUGCUGCUGUUGCUAAGCAUACAUUUCCUUCCUUAGCAAUUGUUUUUGAUUCGGCUAUUGCUAUCAAAUGUUUUGGUGUCUCUAUUAGCUACCUCGUCAUAGUAGGAGAUUUGAUGCCUCAAAUCGCUCCUUCAAUUGGCUUUACUGCUUCAAUCUUUGAACAUCGUGAAACAUGGAUUAUUGUAUCUAUCGUGGUUUUAACACCACUGGCUUUUUUACGCCGCUUGGAUUCUCUUCGUCAUACGUCUUUUAUAAGUUUAAUUUCUCUUAGUUACUUGAUGGUUAUUGUCAUUUAUCACUUUAUCAAAGGAGAUAUGGAACGCGGAGAGAUUCGUUAUUUUCGUCCCGAGUCUCUUUCUGGAUAUCUCUCUGUUCUUCCAGUAUUCGUUUUUGGGUUUACCUGCCACCAAAACGCUUUUAGUGUCAUUAACGAAGUCAAAACUCCUUCUCAUGGAUUCAUCAAUUUCACUUUAUUCAGCGCAGUCUUUUCUUCAAUGAUUUUGUAUCUUAUUGUUGCCAUCACUGGCUAUCUCUCCUUUGGUUCGUUAACCUCCGGCAAUAUUAUUGCCAUGUACGAUGACGGAAGUUUCUUAAUUACAUUUGGAAAACUUGCUAUUGUAAUACUGGUUCUGUUCAGCUACCCCCUGCAAUGCCAUCCAUGUCGAAAUUCUUUGUAUCAAGCUAUUCGUCGUUCUUAUUCUUCUCACGAUAUGUCCAAUCGUUAUCAUACCGUACUGACAUUAUGUAUUCUUCUAACUUCCUUAUUAAUUGCCCUUUCUCUAUCCUCCCUUGAAUUGGUUCUUGCUUUUGUUGGUAGUACAGGAAGUACUUUCAUUUCUUUCGUUCUUCCGGGCCUACUUUAUUAUUUUUUCUCUCAUAAUGCUGUUUCUCCCAAUAGUGCUUCAGAGAAACAGUUGAAGAUUACUCGAUUUGUCGCUGCUUGUCUCGCUAUAUAUGGAAUAUCUGUAAUGAUCCUUUGCUUAAAUAUAAACUUAGCGAAGCUCAAGUAG